AUGGAGGACAACAAUGGAGGGAGCAGGGUACAGGUGAGGGUGAAGGAACUGGCUUCAGGAAAAGAGACUCUCCUCGAUCUUGGGACGUGGGACACAGUUGGGAUCAUGAAGCGACGUCUGGAAGGGAAGGGAUUCGGUCCGGCAGCUCUCCAGCGACUCGUCCAUGCCGGACGAAUCUUGGACGAGGAGGAGACUCUGCUGGGAAGCGGGGUGAGCAAGUCGCCGACGGUCUUUUUAGCGAUGAAGCGGGUUGACUAUGCCAACUCCGUGACCGGCUCGAUGCCUGAGCCACGAGGAUACACUCCUGCUAAUCUCUCUUCCUUCUCCUCCCCAUAUCGGCCCGCAGAGACCUCCCAAACAUCGCAGACAGACGAAGAAGUUCCGACUUGCCGCAUCUGCCAUGGCGAGCACAACGGGCCUGGCGACCAAAGAUUGUUUUCUCCGUGCCUCUGCAGGGGGAGCAUGCGGUACGUCCAUGUCGCAUGUCUGAACCGAUGGCGAGCCGUGAGCAACAACCCGCAAUCGUACUAUCAGUGCGACUCCUGCCGCUACAAGUACAACCUGCGGCGGACGGCGUUUGCAGAAUACUGCAACUCUUACAAGGUGCAGGAGGUUCUGACGACAGUCACAUGUGUGUGUCUGGUCGUUCUUGGCGGUCUUCUCUCCUACACCACGGGGAUCGAACAUCGGCUCUAUCGUGCUUGCGAAUGGACUCCACAGUGGCAUGGGACGAGAUGGUCCAGCAUCUUCGACUUCUUCAUGUGUGGACUGAUAGUCGUUGGCAUUGGCGGGUUCUGCUCUGUCAUCUACGAUGCUUACAAGAACGAUGCGAGGAACAUGCAGUUCAGUCUCGUCUACUUGUUCGCACUGUACGGGCACCUUGUCAUGAGGAUCGUCUGCUUCGUCGGCAUCCUCCACUCACUCCGCACCGUGCACAAGUUGGUGGAGGAGGAGAUGAAGCGAGCGCUGUCAAGGUGGGGAGAUGCCAUCCUUGAAGUCAAUGCUCGGCCUCCUAGCUGA